CGCGGCGCGACGCCUGCCUAUAGGCUCAACCUCUGCAUUUGUCUAAUACACCAGUUGACGGUUUCAAAACACCGUAAAUCUUUUUCGUUUUAUGUGGGAUCGGUUGAACGCUACAGCGGUUUAAUUGUCUUACUGAAACUCUCUCAUUCAUUUCGAAGAACGUUUGGUUCGUAUCGACAGCGUUCGCACGAUGGUUGUGCUGGACCGUCGCCGGAGAAUAGGGGCGAUGGUUUGGUUGUUGCCUAGUCUGCUCGGAGUCUGCAUGGCAUUUGGCCCAAGCAAGGCUGAGGAGGAAGAUUAUGAGGAUGUUCCCAUCAAUAAAACUUGGGUUUUAUCACCAAAGGUCUACGAAAGCGACGUCACCCUUAUCCUAAAUAAAUUACUGCAGGGUUAUGACAACAAACUGAGACCAGAUAUUGGAGUGAGACCCACUGUGAUCGAGACGGCGGUGUAUGUGAACAGCAUUGGCCCAGUAGAUCCCAUCAAUAUGGAGUACACCAUAGACAUCUUCUUUGCUCAGACAUGGUAUGACAGCAGACUCAAAUUCAACAGCUCCAUGAAGGUCCUCAUGCUCAACAGCAACAUGGUUGGAAAAAUCUGGAUUCCUGACACAUUUUUCCGCAACUCGCGUAAAUCUGACGCCCACUGGAUCACAACACCCAAUCGGCUUCUCCGCCUUUGGAGCAAUGGAAGAGUCAUGUACACUCUAAGGUUGACUAUUAAUGCGGAAUGCUACCUUAAGCUGCAUAACUUUCCCAUGGAUGAACAUUCGUGCCCUCUGGAGUUUUCAAGCUAUGGGUAUCCAAAGAAUGAGAUCCAGUAUAGAUGGCAGACUCGUUCUGUUGAGGUUGCUGACCAGCGGUACUGGAGGCUUUACCAAUUUGCCUUUGUCGGCCUACGAAAUACUUCUGAUGUGGCAAGUACUCAGUCUGGGGAGUAUGUGGUUAUGACCAUUUUCUUUGACCUGAGCCGGAGAAUGGGCUACUUUACCAUCCAGACCUACAUCCCCUGCAGUAUGAUUGUAGUUCUGUCCUGGGUCUCUUUCUGGAUCAACAAGGAUGCUGUGCCAGCCAGAACAUCCCUAGGUAUUACAACUGUGCUCACCAUGACAACCCUAAGCACCAUAUCUAGAAAGUCCCUGCCAAAGGUGUCUUAUGUGACAGCCAUGGAUCUGUUUGUGUCUGUCUGCUUCAUCUUCACCUUUGCUGCUCUAAUGGAGUAUGGGACUCUGCACUACUUCACAAGCAAUCGCCAGAACAAGAAGACCAAAUCAAGCCAUACUCAGAAACCCAGCAUGGCGAACAACAGACCAGGGACCUCCCUGCUGCAGCUGAACAACAUUGCUACCUAUCAUGAAGACGACGAUUAUGCAUAUGAAUGUUUGGACGGGAAAGACUGCGCCAGUUUCUUCUGCUGCUUUGAUGAUUGUCGCACAGGAGCCUGGCGUGAGAACAGAAUGCAUGUCCAUGUCUCUAAAAUUGACUCUUACUCUCGAAUAUUCUUCCCAACCGCAUUUGGCCUCUUUAACCUUGUCUACUGGAUUGGGUAUCUGUAUCUUUAAAGAUGUUGGGCGAGCGGGAGAGGGACUUAAUUCUAGUAAAAUUUGCCAAUCCAUUUGUAAAUUCUCCACUCGCUGUAGCAUAAGUCAUUGAGAAAAGGGGUGAGACUUUAAAAGUUGGAUGUAUUAAUGCUUAAUGUGUCUUUUAUUGCCUGAUCUCAUGAAAAGUAUGUGACCACGGCAACAUUUUUGCAAAAUGAAAUGAUGUUAAUGAUUACACAUAUUGCAGGAGUUCUGAGGCGAAAUGUCCACUGUAUGACGCUAAAAGUAAG